AAGAUAAAUGUUAAUUUCAUCAUCAAUUCCUACGAGUGAGUGAGUUUAUCCUUUUCCUGUAGGAAAAAGGAGGUAACCUAACAAUCUGAUUGGCUGAAAACUUUUGGGGUGGAAUUAGUUUCCAACCUAUAAUAACGGACCAGGAGGGUUUGUCCAGCCUGGAAACUUUGCUUCUUCACUUUCUAACACAUCAUCAUCACUUCAUCUUCCUCAUCCUCAUCCUCAUCAUCAUCACAUUAGCGUAUUAACCAUCAGUUUCAACCACAGUCAACAAAAGGCAACAUUAACUCAACAUCAUUUUCUCGUGUUAAUAAUCAACUACGUGUUUAGAAUUCGAUUUUUUUUUGUUCGUGCGAAUUUUUUUUUGUCUUAUUCCCUCUUUCGAAUGGAUUUUUACCCCUCUAACUAAACAAUCGUGAUUCGUUGAAAGGUCAUUUCACUUUGGACGUUUUACUCUUUCAAUUCGAUUGACGAACUUUUUUUCUCGUUUUCGUUUGAGUUUGAGUUCGAGUUCGAGUGUUAAACUUUUUUCUUCAACUGUUUCGGUUUUACUUUUUGUCUUAUUCGUUUGGAAUGGAAAGUAAAAUGUCGUCGAUUCGACCUUAUCCAGUUCCAUCAUUCGAUCAAUAUCAACAACCUUCAUGGGAGGAACUUUUCUUAAAGCUGAAAGCUCAUCUAUCCAAACGGUCAGUUGAACAGUUUCAUGAAGUACCAAUAAAUUAUGACUCUCCGACUGACCUAUCAAAAGAAUCAUAUAAUUUAUCAUCAGUCGGUUUGAUUCCCGGUAAAACGGGACUGAUUGAUUUCAACGGAUUUCCAUACAUUAUGCCAGUUCCAACGGAUCCUCGACCUUUUUAUUCAUUAUUUCAUUUAGGACAGAAAUUGGUUCUUAGUAAUCCUGGUUACAAUUUAGUUCCAACCACAAUUAACCCUGAAACCAUUGACACCGGUGGUGAAGAGUCAAAUAGUCAAGGAAGCUCAUUGAUCAAAGAAGAUGAAGUUAACAGUGAUUCUAGUCCAAAAUUACAAUCAAGUCCUAAUCAAUUGACCAUCAAUCCAAAUUCAUUGAAUCUCACCAAUCAACAAAUUGUAUUCGCUAAUCGUCAUCAUCACCAUCCUCAUCAUCCUUCUCAUCUUAAUACUCUUGUUAAUCAUCCACUUCAUCAUCAUCAUCAUAUUACCAAUGCUGGACUUUUAUCUCCAUCAUCGUCAUUAAUAACCAAAGAGAAUAUUAAAUCCCCACCGAUUAACAUUAAUUCAGUUUCACCGAAUCUUUGUCUUGGAUCAACUGGUGAUUUACCGAAACAGUCCAACGAUGAAAGUUUAACUAAUUUACGUUCUGGUGAAAGUUUAAAGCGAAGCUUUAAAUCAGAUGAUGAAGAUGAUGAUGAGGAAGAUGACGAUGACCCUAAGGGAAGUGGUGGACAGUCGAGUAGACGUCGACGGACCGCUUUCAAUUCUGAGCAACUUCUUGAAUUGGAACGGGAAUUUCAUGCGAAAAAAUAUCUUUCGCUAACUGAAAGAGCUCAUCUUGCUCAUAAUCUUCAAUUAUCAGAAUCUCAAGUGAAAAUUUGGUUCCAAAAUCGUCGAGCCAAAUGGAAACGAGUUAAAGGUCAACGUUUGGGUACCGUUAACGCAUCUCAAUCAACUGGACAUAAAAUUCAUGUUCCAAUUCCGGUUCAUGUCAAUCGAAUGCAAAUUCGAGCUCAACAUCAGCAAUACGAGAAAAGUGCAUCUCGAUUUCAUGGAUUAAACUGUUCAAUCAAUGGUCUUCCAGUUAACGGACCAACUGGACUUAAUGGAUCGGUCUUAAGUCCAAGUGGAGCUAAUCCAACAUUGGGAGUCAAUGGGUCCAGUUUAUUUAUUCAAGCGACAACUAAUAACCACAACAACAACAAUACUAAUCAAAAUGUGAAUCAAGUUAAUCACAACAACAACAAUAAUAAUAAUAAAAUCAAUGUUAUCAAUCCUGUUAAUACAAAUAAUAAUAAUCAAAGUAACACUAUUAAUCCUGUGAAUACAAAUGCUAACAUUGAAAACAUUGUUAAUCCAAAUUCACUGACCAAAUGGACUAAUACUAUCUCACCAAUAUCAUCUUCAUCUUCAUCCUCCGCAUCAUCUGUAUCAUCAUUAUCACCUUUAUCCUCAUCAUCAUGAUCAUCAAUGAUUGUAAUCAAGCGUUAAUUAUGUAAUUAACAGAAAAACAAAAGUAAAUAAAGAAAUCAUUUUGACUUUUUCUUUUCCCUCUUGAAAUUAAACAAUAUCAGAAUCACAAUUUA